CCAUCAUACGUCGUCGAAAGUGAAAGGCUGUGUUGGUUUCGCUAUGGAAGACGUGUGGACAAAUUUCAGUCCGGUGUUCUUGCUUUCUCUGGUCACUUCAGCACUUGUAGUAUUCUUUACAGUUAUUUUCGCGUACAGAACGUCGAAGUACGGCUGCUUUAUAAGGCAAAGGAAAACGGACAUUGAUCUUGAUGGGUUAUCUGACGAGGAGAAGGAGCAGAUGUCUGCGAAACCUCAGGCAGCCAAAGCAGCCGAGUCGCUAAUUGAGGCUACAAUGACUGAAGAGCAGAAGACAUUGGAAAAAGAGGCUCAAAGGAAGCAGCUAGAAGAGAUCUACCGGCUCAUGGCAGCACACAGUGACAAGUUUGGCGACACUUCAAUGGAGGACAUUGUGAAUCAAAUGGCUUUGUAUCGGUGAUGGGCAGCUGAGAAAAAUUUUCUGGUGUCACAUGGCACGUGAACCCACUGUUGAAAACUUAGGUUUCCUUUGGUAAUGAGUAGCUGAUGCCUGUGUUUUAACUAGUCAUGUCCCUAGUUUCUCUAUUGUUUAUAAGUCACAACAUUUGCAUAAAAGCAAUUGCAUAGCUAUGUAUACAAUCACAUUCCAUCCACUUUGAUAGCUUUCCUUUAUGUGUGAACCAUGUAACCCCACUGCACUGCCAGUCAUACCAGCACAGAACAUUACAAAGGCAUUUUGUGAAUGUU